AUGGAGGCAUCGCGCGGCCCUCCCAGGGUCAAGAACAAGGCCGCUGCCCCGGUCCAGAUCUCAGCGGAGCAGCUGCUCCGCGAGGCAGUGGACCGGCAGGAGGACUCGCUGCAGGCGCCGACGCAGCGAUUUGCGGACUUGGAAGAACUGCACGAAUACCAGGGUCGCAAGAGAAAGGAUUUCGAGGACUAUGUGCGGCGGAACCGAAUUAACAUGAACAACUGGAUGCGAUACGCCGCUUGGGAGUUGGAACAGAAGGAAUUUCGACGCGCGCGAUCCAUCUUUGAACGGGCGCUGGACGUCACAGCGACCCAUGUGCCGCUUUGGAUUCGGUAUAUUGAGUCGGAAAUGCGAAACCGAAAUAUCAACCACGCGAGAAACCUGCUUGAUCGGGCAGUUACGAUUUUGCCCCGAGUCGAUAAGCUUUGGUACAAAUAUGUCUAUAUGGAGGAGACCCUGGGGAAUAUUCCUGGAACGCGGCAGGUGUUUGAGCGAUGGAUGUCAUGGGAACCGGAUGAGGGUGCUUGGAGUGCGUAUAUCAAGCUGGAGAAGAGAUACAAUGAGUUCGAGAGGGCACGGGCGAUUUUCCAGCGGUUUACGAUCGUGCACCCCGAGCCUAGGAAUUGGAUCAAAUGGGCUCGGUUCGAGGAGGAGAAUGGUACCAGCGACUUGGUGAGAGAGGUAUACGGAGUGGCCGUGGAGACACUAGGCGAGGAUUUUAUGGACGAGAAACUAUUCAUUACCUACGCCAAGUUCGAAGCGAAGCUGAAGGAAUAUGAGCGCGCCAGAGCUAUCUACAAGUAUGCUCUUGACCGACUACCGCGUUCAAAAUCUACUACCCUCCACAAGGCGUACACCACCUUCGAGAAACAAUAUGGUGACCGCGACGGCGUUGAGAAUGUCAUUCUCUCAAAGCGCCGAGUCCAGUACGAGGAGCAGCUAAAGGAAAACACACGCAAUUACGAUAUCUGGUUUGACUUUGCGCGUCUGGAAGAAACUUCAGGUGACCCGGAGCGAGUGCGGGAUGUGUACGAACGGGCGAUUGCACAAAUCCCUCCCUCCCAAGAGAAGCGACACUGGAGGCGAUACAUCUACCUGUGGAUAUUCUAUGCCACUUGGGAGGAGAUGGAGGCCAAGGACAUUGAUCGUGCUCGCCAGGUCUAUACAGAAUGCCUGAAACUUAUACCUCACAAGAAAUUCACAUUUGCCAAGGUCUGGCUCAUGAAGGCACAGUUCGAGGUGCGACAGCUGAACCUCCAAGCGGCGCGCAAGACUCUAGGUCAGGCGCUUGGCAUGUGCCCGAAAGAUAAGCUUUUCCGUGGUUAUGUCGAACUGGAACGUCAAUUGUUUGAGUUCGUGCGGUGCCGGACACUGUACGAGAAGCAAAUCGAAUGGAACCCAUCUAACGGUCAGUCUUGGAUCCAGUACGCAGAAUUGGAACGGGGCCUAGAUGAUAGCGACCGUGCACGAGCUAUCUACGAACUUGGAAUUGAACAGCCAACCCUGGAUAUGCCGGAGCUUGUUUGGAAGUCCUACAUCGACUUUGAGGAUUACGAAGGCGAGUACGAGCGUGAGCGUCAAUUGUAUGAGCGCCUGCUACAGAAAACAGACCACGUCAAGGUGUGGAUCAACUACGCCCGGUUCGAGAUCAACGUGCCGGACGAGGAAGAGGAAGAAGAAGAGCGACCGAUCAGCGACGAGGCCAAGCGGCGGGCCAGGGCCGUUUUCGAGCGCGCACACAAUGUGUUCAAGGAGAAGGAACUCAAGGAAGAGCGAGUGGAACUACUCAACGCGUGGCGGUCGUUCGAACACACACAUGGAUCGCCAGAGGAUAUCGACAAGAUCGAGAAACAGAUGCCGCGACGCGUCAAGAAGCGACGCAAGUUGGACGACGACCGGUACGAAGAGUACAUGGACUUCGUAUUCCCGGCGGACGACCAGUCGGCAGCGAACCUGUCGAAGCUGCUGCGGAUGGCGCACCAAUGGAAGCAGGGGUCGGCAAGCGGGCAGUAA